AUGGUGGUUAAUUUUGGUUCACUAGCCCCUAAAAAGAACCUCCCCUUCAGGUUUUUCAAUUUCUGGGCAUUAAAUCCUAACUUCUCAACAAUUGUUUCACAAGCUUGGCAAAUGGAGGUGCAUGGUUCAAGAAUGUUUAGGUUGGUUCAGAAGUUGAGAGCUUUAAAACAACCACUUAAGCAGAUGAAUAAGAAGGAGUUCAGUGCAAUCUCAAGAAGGGUAGCGGCUGCUAGAGAGGACCUGUCCCUUUGCCAGAGAAACCUUGAUUCUAACCCAUCAAAUGAUGUACUCAGACUCAGGGAGAAGGAGCUAUCACAGAAAUUCACUGAGCUUUUACUGGCUGAGGAGAUGUUCUUCAAGCAAAAAUCUCAGGUACAUUGGCUUAAGGAAAGAGACCAGAAUACCACAUUUUUCAUGAAAAACUUCAACUCCAAAGCCAACAGGAGGAAAGUUCGUUCAAUUACUGAUCUAAAUGGGAAUCAAAUCCAAGGUCAGGACCUUAAGAAUGAGUUGCUCAACCAUUUUCAAAGCAUCCUUGGCCAAUGCAACUUCAGCUAUCCAGGUAUGGAUUCAUUCUCAGAAGUUAUCACAAAGACUGUACCAUUAAACCUGCUACCUUCCUUAACAGCAAUCCCCACAGACCAAGAGAUACAGGAUUGUAUUAUCUCAUUCCACCCCUACAAGAGCCCGAGUCUUGAUAGAUACAAUUCUUGUUUCUUUAAGCACUCCUGGCCAAUUGUGGGGCAGGAUGUCACUGCAACUAUCAGGGAUUUCUUCAUUUCAGGGAAAAUAUUGACUGAAAUCAAUAGUUCAUAUAUUGCUCUAGUGCCCAAGAAACCAAACCCUACAUCAGCCAAUGAUUUCAAACCUAUUUCCUGUUGUUCACUUCCUGUCAUGUAUCUUGGGCUGCCACUUUCUUCAUCCUUAAUUAAAGCAAGGGACUGCCAAACACUCAUUGAAAAGAUCACAACAAGAAUUGGAAGCUGGACGUCAAGUUUUUUAUCGUAUGCAGGAAGGGUUGUUUUGGUUAAAUCAGUUCUUUGUUCCAUUCAAUCAUUUUGGUUUCAGGCUUUCAUUCUUCCCAAAAAGGUUCUUGAGCAAAUCAACCAACUGCUUAGAAGCUUCUUUUGGUCUGGGGUUGAUUUAAAGCAUAAGGGAACAAAGGUGGCUUGGCAAGCUGUGUGCAGACCCAAGUGUAAUGGUGAGCUUGGUUUUCCAGAUUUGGAGCUGUCUAAUAGGGUUGCUAGAUGGACACUGGAAUACCUUGUAAAAUCAAAGAGCUUUUGGGCCCUUAAAACUUCAUGUCUGAGUUCAGGGUUUUGGAGGAAACUAUUAGGACUGAGGACAAUGGCAAGAGGUCUACUAAGGCAUAGGGUGGGGACAGGGAAGGAUACUAGCUUAUGGUUAGACUACUGGUUACCAAAUGGUCCUAUUGUACAACAAUUGGGUCUCAUUGGUUUGGAAAUUCUUCAACUAGAUAACAACAUCUUAGUUGAUAAACUAAUUUCCAACAACCAAUGGGCCAAUCCAACCACUAUUCAGCUUCACCAAUUCUUCUAA